AUGCGCGAGUUCAUGAGCUACGUGCAGAGCGCGUUCUACGAGGCGACUGGCUGGAACCGCGACAACUCGUACUCGUCACUUAACGCAACUGCAGAUGCACUCCUCAACUUCCCGACGCCGCAAGGCCUCCGCCUUACCCUCUCCUCCCUCGCGACCCCUCACUUUGCGACGUCGUACCAGCUCGGCUCCGUAGGCGUCGUCGACGGCUCCAUCUCCUACUUGUACUCAUCUGUACCCCUCCGCGCGAACCUCACACCGCAAUCCGAUGCCAUCCCCCCGGCCGCCGCCUCACUGCUGUACGGCCGUCUCUACCUCCCCGAGUCGAUGCUUGAAGCGCUCGUUGUCAAACGAGUAUCUCCUGCGCUGCAGCUUCAACUCAGUGCUGUGUCGGGGAAGUUCCUGCGCAACGGCGGCACACUUCUAGGGUUGGCUCAAUACGAUGUCGGCAGGUACGCCGUCGAGGGUCUCGCUUCGUCGGACGGUGGCCUUCUGGGCUUCCGAGGCCUCUACAACUUUGGAGGGGAUGCAGAGAAUAACCAGCCGUCACAGCUACGGUCGACCGGCCGGUUAAAUGGGAAGCCGAUUGGGUUCGGCGACGACGCGAAGGAGCGCAUCUACGGGCGUUUCAGCGCCGGCGGGGAAAUCUACUACGGCACACUGAACAAGUCCGGCGGUGUCAGCCUCGGGGGUCGUUUCGCCACGUUGCCGGAGCACCGAGGGACGCCUUUGACGGCGACAUUGACGCUGAACCCCCUGAUGGGCAACAUUAGCGCCAGCUACGCUGUUGUGGCAGGCAAACACUGCAGCCUUGCGACUCGCAUGGACUUCAACGUGUACAGCUACGAGAGUGACUGGUCCGUGGGCAUGGAGCUGUGGCGCAAGAACCUGACCCGCAACAUCGAGCCCGCGCUCUCGGCUGAGAGUUUUGUCAAAAAGGAGCGGAGUUUCCAGGCGAAGCUGGAGUGGAGGCUGGACGAGCCCGAUACCCAGUCCGAACUUGAGAAGCCGAGGCCCGUCGUUGUCGAGGAGGAACGGAAAGAGAAGCCGAAGGACCGCAGUUUCCAGGCAAAGAUGGAGUGGAGAUUGGACGAUCCUGCGCUGGAUGAGACAGAACCGGCGGAUCCCAGCACGGCGCAGGCGAAGGGCGUAGACGAAUACGGCAGUGUCAUCAAGGCACGGUUGGACCAGAACAUGAAGAUUGGUGUCUUGUGGGAGGGAAGGGUCAAAUCUCUCCUGUUCAGCCUCGGCAGCGCCAUCGAUUUGCGCAAGCUUGACUCGCCGUUCCGCACAUUAGGAGUGGAAAUACAGUUCUCGUCAUGA